AUGGAGCGCACCUGGUCCACCGACUCGGUAUCGUCCAUACCGGAUUACUCGCUUCCAGACCCGACACGUCUGCGCAAGGCUGCUCGCAGACUCUCGAACCAGGCUUCCCACCAGGGCGCCAGGGAAUGGAGAAAGUCACGCCCACAUCAUUCGACCGGCGGUGCAGCCUCACAUAUCCAGACCAAUGGAAACGGCUACAACGCCAAUGGCAGCAGCACCAACGCUGGUAACAACCUUCACCCUUACUCUGCCACCAACGCCAAAGCCGGCCCAUCCUCGCGUCGACUCAGCCAUGACACCUCGGCCACUUCCAGUGCACAAGCCCCUUCGCCCGGUAGCAUCCGCAGACGCAACAUCCUCGACUCUGCUGCCGCUGUCGCUGUGUCCAAACAGAGCGCAUUCGAUUCUAGGAACAACCGCCACUCGUUCGCCGCUUAUUCACCCAAUUGGUCUCCACAGCCGGCCUCUUCGCCUGCUUCCAGCACCUCAGCCUGGCCUGCCGCCGAUCCAGACUUUUCGGGCUCCUCCACCGACCGUCCAGCUCGCAGACGUCGCUCUGCCACUGUCGCUUCCAAGGAGGCUUACUCGGCUGAUCCUUCUGCCGACGGCGGAGGCGGAUACGCAUCCAGCAGUGACCAACACUCGUCAGGCUCCGACUAUGAGCCUUUUGACUGGGAUAUCGGUCGUAAGCGGUCCAGCCAUGAUCAUCCGCGUUCCAUGCUGUCCGAUCAUUUCUCGUUCAAACCGCCCAACAACUCGGGACACGCCAGCAACAAUCAUACAAUAGCGUCAGCUACCGCUGCAGCCUGGCGUUCUUCCGCGUCUACUUCUCCACCGCUUCAAGCUGCAUCAGGCUCGGUCAACGACUGGCGUUCCUCGUCUCGCACUGCCCACAACAUCAAUGGCAAGAGGCGCUCGCCCCGCAAACGCUCACAGCAAUCACCCUCCGGUUCCUCUGCCAACCUGCACGCCACUUUUCGAUCAGCGCCGCGACCCAAUCGCGAUUCCAUCCUCUCCCGCGCCAUCGGAGCAGCGGGGUCACUCACCUCCUCUAACAAUGCAGACACUGCAAUGCCAUCUGGCUCUGCGCCAUCAUCAGCAGCCCAGCAGGUCACAGCGCAACACAUUCCUCGACAGCUGCAACGCCAUCUCGUGCAGGCUUUACAUCCCACUGGCGACGUCUCCGUAUAA